AUUCUAUCACACACUAUCUUUGUCAACGCAAACUCGAAAUGUCUAGACAGAGGCUCACAAUGGUGGCGCUCGCCGGCGCAGGAGUCAUCGGCGCCACAAUGUAUUCCACACGAAAAAAGGAAACCAAAAUAAAUGAUGUUCAAAAUAGGAGAAUUGAAGCACACGAGACGCGCGAACUUGAACGUGGCAGCGCAGGCGUUGGAGAAAAUAAAAUGUCUGGCGGUUCGAGCAAUUCGGCGACACCAUCCGAUAGAGAUCCGGGAUACCGUGAAGUUAGUACGGCGGACUCGACAAAGAAUCUACCCGCUGGUGGCGUCAGCAGCGGGUAUGGGGGCGGAGGCUCGACUGCCAGCGUGACGGACAAGCUUGGGCGGUCGACUUCCAUCCUGGGUGGUUCUGGAAAGAAAAUUGCCAGCCGGAGCGACGAAGAGGGAUAUCACGACACGAGAGGCAUUAGCAGGAUGGGCCCAGAGAUUCCAUCAAAGAAACGCUCCGAUGUUGCGGAUUAGUGCAGAGGGGAGGCAGAAGCGGUUUAUUCGAACAUGAUGUACGACUAGUGUCUGAUCCCCCAAGGUCGUUUCUUUCUUUUUUUUCGUCUUGUUUUGAGAUCAUGUUCAGUAUGGUGCAUAUAUCACCAUUUGUCAGAUGCAGGCCGCAAAUGAAACACAAAAUAUAUACAAUUAUUUCUCGC